UCAGCUUGUAAAUGCUGCCUUUGACAGCAACAGUUACAACUGAAGAAUGGAUUAUGAGUCCAACUGAGAGCUAACGUGGUUCAUAGUGUACAUUCUGCUUGUAACUAUCCAUAAAUGGAAGCCUGCUGAGUUCCGGGAAAACUGAAACCUAUGGGAGGAGCCAAAACAGCAUUUAUACACAGCGUGUGGACCUUUACUCCAAAGCGUGCUUAUUCCGUCAGCGGGAUCAGUCAUGGGAGAGCUUGUGCUGCCGAUCCUUGUUGCACUUUUCACAGCACUGAUGGGAGGAUUGCAUCUUCUAGGGGUGUUCAGACGGCGGAGGCCCGGAGAGCCCCCACUGGACAAGGGUCUUUUCCCGUGGCUUGGCCAUGUCUUGGAGUUCCGCAGGAACACGGUGAAGUUCCUGCAGAGGAUGCAGAGGAAGCAUGGAGACGUGUUCACCAUCCAGCUGGGCGGUUUCUACGUCACCUUCCUGCAGGACCCCUUGUCUUUCGGACCGUUUGUCAAGGAGAGCCGGGAGAAGCUGGACUUCAACAAGUUCGCCAAGCACCUGGUACACAGGGUCUUCGGCUACUGGUCGGCCAAUAGCGAGCAUCACAUCCUGCAGCAGUCCAGCAACAAGUACCUGAAGGGGGACGGCUUGGAGGUCCUCACACAGUCCAUGACGGCCAAUCUUCAGAACUUGAUGCUGCACAACCUCGGCAAAGAAGAGCCAGCGUGGACAGAAGACGGGCUCUUCAUGUACUGCUACAAUAUCGUGUUCAGGGCGGGCUACCUGUCUCUAUAUGGUAACGUGUCCCCAAAGUGCAAGGACGGUGAAGAGAAGGCCAAAGAGAAAGACAGGGUGGAAUCAGAGUCCUUGUUCUACAAGUUCCGUAAGUACGACCAGCUCUUCCCGAACCUGGCGUACGGUGUCCUGCCUCCCAAGAGGAGGCUGGAACUGCGAGGGCUCAUGGACUACUUCUGGGAUGUCCUGGCGGUGCGCAAGGUGAAGACCAAAGACAACAUCAGCGGUUGGGUGUGGGACAUGCAGCAAGUGCGGGAGGAGAUGGGGAUGGAUGAGGCCAUGAUCGACAAGUACAUGUUUCUCCUCCUGUGGGCCUCACAGGGCAACACGGGCCCAUCUGCCUUCUGGCUGCUCCUCUACAUCAUGAAGCACCCGGAGGCCAUGACGGCCGUCAAGGGUGAGGUCGACCGCAUCGUCCGUGAGUCGGGCCAGGAAGUGAGGCGUGGCGGCCCAUUACUGAACCUGACGCGCGAGAUGUUGAUGAAGACCACCAUCAUGGACAGCGCCGUGGAGGAGACCCUUAGACUCUGCGCCGCGCCCCUCCUCACCAGGGCUGUGCUCCAGGACAUGACGCUGAAGAUGGCUGACGGCAAGGAGUUCCUCAUUCGCAAGGGGGACAGGAUGGCGAUUUUCCCUUACAGCGGCGUGCAAAUGGACCCAGGAAUCCACCCCGACCCGAAUUCCUUCCAAUACGACCGCUUCCUCAACCCCGACGGGAGCAAGAAGACGGAGUUUUACAAAGACGGCAAGAAGGUGAAGUACUACACCAUGCCCUGGGGCGCCGGGGUGUCCAUCUGCCCGGGGCGCUUCUUUGCUACUAACGAGCUCAAGCAGUUCAUCUUCCUCAUGCUGGUCUACUUUGAGUUUGAGCUUCUGGAUCCUGAAAUGGAGAUCCCCGGAAUAGACGUCCGGCGAUGGGGCUUUGGAACCAUGCAGCCCGACAGAGAUGUACCCUUCCGAUAUAGACUCCGAUAUUAAACUCAGAGUUGAAGGAAGCAACAUGAAGACUAUUUAAAGGGCAGUGCAACCCCAUUUACGGCCCAUCAUUCACACAAUACUGUAGCUCUAUAAUCUUUUAUUAUGACAUUUUUCAAGAUAUGACAUAAGUAGCGUAUUGAGAAGUAUAUACAGUAGGCCUGAUUUACUACGAUCCCAAACAGGCACCUGCUUGACAGACAUAGCAUUUAACCCUUUCAUGCACCAAUAAUGAUAACCUGUAACCUGGUAACAUGAUAGGCUGUCCACUGUCGUAACCGCUAUCCCUGAAAGCGUUAAAGAAGCUAAAUCAGCCAGCACAAUUGGUCUCAGAUUUGAAAAAAAAGAGCAAUCACAAAAUUCAUCUACUUGCUCAUAGUCCUCUCAGUUUUGUUUGAUUGGGUGCAAACAGUUUUGCCCGUUGGUCAAUCACAAUCCUGGGCGCACCCAAUGAGUUGAUCACCGUGCACAUCCAUGUGUGUGUGCCAUCAGGUUUGCACCCAUUUUUGCAUGCAUAUACUUUGAGUAAAUCAGGCCCUAAGACUUUCCAAUGAGAGUAUCUGUGUGUUUAACUCUGACUUUGGAAUGCUUUGGAAGACUUUGGAAGAUGGGCCUUCCUUUUGGAAAAUCCAAAUGAAGACACCAAGCUGUGUAGGCAACGUUGUAUACUGAAUCAUUAUUUUCACCCUUCACAAAAACCACCCAUCAAAGACAACGUUUGCACGUUUGUGAGCUGCUCUCAUGUUCACUCUUUGAAAUUCAGUGAGCUCAUUACCAAAUCUGAUUGAACCGUUCAACUAUUAAAGAUCAUUGUUUUGUUCAUAAAUGUAAUCAAAUAAUUACACUUUGCCAUCGUGCUCAAGAAAUAAUCAUUUAUGUACAUUUUUUUCCCCCUUGGGGUUAAAGUGCUUCUAGUCAAACAAAUAAAGAUUGUGUUGAGUGAUGGUCAUUUUUGUCAUGGGCCACAUUGUCGUCAAUUUUCCUCUGAGGGUCAUUCUGAUUCUGAUUCCAUAUAAAUGUUUAAUGACCUCCUCAUAUGACAUAUUUAGUACACAAUUAAUGGAUAACUCGUUUUGAAAUCAAAAGUGAAGGAUAGUAGUUUUUGUUACUGUAAUAACGCAACCAGAAAUAACUUGCAAUAUCUCAACAUUAUUAUUUAUAUGUGACAAUUCCAAAUUUUUGUACAGAUUUUAGCAUGCAUCGUGGAAGUUGACCUGCUUGAUUUGCUUUCGCGGGCCACAUGAAAUAAUGCAAUGGGCCACAUCUGGCCCACGGGCCUCGACAUUGACACCGGUGGUCUAAUACGUUUGUUCAGCACUCUGUGAACAGUGAAACGAAUAUAUAUCUACGUACAGUGUCACCAAUGUUUCAUCGCUAUAUACCUAAGAAAAAAAUGCCUCAGGUUAUGUAACAACUGCGAUGUCUGGCUUUGCUGAUGGCCGAUGUGAAUAACAUUCUUUUUGUAAUCACAUUAUUCCUGUUUGUAAAGAGUCCAGCAGCUUGAAUUGGCUGUAUUUUAAGUACACAAAUACAUGGAUGGAAGUGAAGGUCACAUUGGAUGAAAAUCAAAGUCCACAAAGACGUGGAACCCUCUCGGCACCCACAGAGCUGCGAAGGCGUGCUUUGUGAUGAAAAGCAUGUGUGCACAAGCAUGCUCCACCUCCUUGACGCAGUUGUUUUGGAAUAAUGUUUAAAAUGACCAUGGAAUCAUGUAUUUAUUUAAAAAAAAAGUCGGAGUUAUCCCAGUUGUAAUCAUAUAUUGAUUUAUUGUUUAGAAUUGAAACUAGUAUGUUGAGCAGCGUUAUCUUUUUUUGCCCGUUUGUUUUUGGGGUACAUUCUUUGAUCGCCAGGAUGUGUGAAUCAAGUGUAUGCUUUGCUCAUAAAAAUGAAUGUAGGAAAAAAAUGCUAUGUGCUUGUGUUUUAUUGCAGCGGUUGAUGAUUCUGUGACCAUUUCAACAAAUAUGAUCCGAUACCAACUGAUAGUUCAUGUUUCUGUAUGCUCUACUUUUUUUCCCCCAAAUAAAAACCCACAAUGCA